AUGGCCCAAGAAUACAAGAUCAAAGAUCUCACCUCGCUGUCCCUCAAGCCAGGAGACAAGCAGGAGGUCGAAGUCGAAGGGCUGGACUCGAAGGUGCUCCUCGUCAACGCAGGAGGCCAGAUCCAGGCCAUUGGCCCGAAAUGCACCCACUACGGAGCGCCGCUGGUUAAUGGAGUCUUGUCGACAAACGGGCGGUUGACUUGCCCGUGGCACGGAGCAUGCUUUAACACCAAGACUGGCGACGUCGAAGACGCCCCCGCCCUCGACGCCCUCCCCGUUUUCAAGGUAACUGAGCGUGCCGGCGCCGUGUACCUGACCGGCGAGGCCGAGACCAUCAAGAGCGGCCGCCGCAAGCCGACGCUGAAGAAGAACAAGACCGCCCCGGGUGCCUCGAAGGCCGAGAAGGUCGUCGUCGUGGGCGGCGGGUCCGGAGCUUGCGGCGUCGUCGAGGGCCUGCGCGAGGCGGGCUUCCAAGGCGGCAUCACCCUGAUAUCCUCCGAGGGCUACCUGCCCAUCGACCGGACCAAGCUGAGCAAGGCGCUGCUGACCGACGUGAGCAAGCUGCAGUGGCGGGACAAGGCGUUCUACGACGAGGCGGCCAUUGAGAUUGUGGGCGACGAGGUGACGGAGGUGGACUUCCAGGGCAAGACCGUCUCGACGAAGAAGGGCGACAAGUUCCCGUACACAAAGCUCGUCCUGGCGACCGGCGGGACGCCCAGGGCGUUGCCCCUGCAGGGAUUCAAGGUACUGGGCAACAUCUUCACCCUCCGCACUGUGAAUGACGCGAAGAACAUUGUCGAUGCCAUUGGCGAGAAGGGCAAGAAGAUCGUGGUCGUCGGCUCGUCGUUCAUCGGGAUGGAAGUGGGCGGCGCCACUGCGGCCAACAACGACGUCACAAUUGUCGGCAUGGAAAAGGCGCCGCUGGAGCGCGUCCUCGGCGAGAAGGUCGGCAACAUCCUCCGUAAGGGCAUGGAGGGCAAGGGCCUCAAAUUCUACAUGAACGCCGGCGUCGAGAAGGCAGAGCCGUCGACGUCCGAUCCCAGCAAGGUGGGCUCGGUGCACCUCAAAGACGGCACCAAGCUCGAGGCGGACAUUGUCAUCCUCGGCGUGGGCGUGGCACCGGCGACGUCGUUCCUGCGGGACAACAAGGCCAUCCAGCUGGAGCAGGACGGCUCUCUCAAGACGGAUGAGGCCUUCUCUGUGGUUGGCAUCAAGGACGCCUACGCCAUCGGCGAUAUCGCCACGUAUCCCUACAACGGGCCUGGCGGCAACGGCAAACUCACCCGAAUCGAGCACUGGAACGUGGCCCAGAAUGCGGGCCGCACUGUCGCCAACCACAUCGUGGAGCCGAACAGGAAACCGCAGUUCUUCACGCCCGUGUUCUGGUCGGCUCUGCACUCGCAGCUGCGCUACUGCGGGAACACGACUAGCGGCUUCGACGACGUGGUGAUGCAGGGGAACCCGGACGAGGGCAAGUGGGCGGCGUUUUACACUCUCGGAGAGACGGUGGUGGCGAUGGCUAGCAUGGGGAUGGAUCCUUACAUGAGCCUGAGCGCGCAGCUCAUGAGGUUCGGGAAGAUGCCAGGCAAGACGGCAUUGCGGGACGGACUGGACCUGCUGAGCUUAGGACCCCCUGAAUAAGGAGGGAUAAGGGAAGGAAGCCAGAGUUGGGGAGCUGGGCAGUGAGUGGGAUGGAAGCCUGGGUUUGGGAGCUAGCAUCCCUUGCGUCUUCCCACCUUCUUUCACCAUCCUAGAAGCAUUCCAUAGGUACCUACCUACCUGACGAUCCAUUUCGAUGACCAGUUUCCAUUAUUGUCUUUUCAUUUUUUUCAUCGUAUGUUUUCAGUCGCCUUGAGAACCAAUGCCACUGGUGGAAGUCCUGCUUCCUACCUUUGUCAGUAAUCGUAGUGGGACAAUGAGCAAUCU